AUUCGCCCAAGUAUGAAGACCUUAUGGCUCUCAGAUUUGUGCUCUGCUCUAUAUAACAAAUGCUCGAGGAGCAUCUUCUGUGUUGUGUGGCCUGGUCCAAGAAGCAUCAGCAGCCAUGGCGAGUGAGGAGGACUGCAGUGGUACCGCAGAGAACGGGUUCAUGUUGCCGGAGGUCAAGUUCACCAAGCUCUUCAUCAAUGGCAGCUUUGUGGACGCUGUCUCAGGGAAAACUUUUGAAACAAUAGAUCCUCGCACAGGAGAUGUGAUUGCAGAGAUUGCUUCCGGUGACAAGGAGGAUGUAGACUUGGCAGUUGCAGCAGCCAGAGAUGCCUUCGACGACGGAAAGUGGCCUCGCUUGCCGGGCUAUCAAAGGGGGAGGAUCAUGAUGAAAUUUGCAGACCUGAUUGAGCAACAUGUAGAGGAAUUGGCUGUACUGGAGUGCAUUGAUUCAGGAAAGCCUCUUUUGGUUAGCAAGUUGGUUGAUUUUCCAUCAGUUAUAAGUAUGUUCCGGUACUACGCCGGUGCAGCAGAUAAGAUCCAUGGCGAGACGCUAAAGUUAGCGCAAGAACUUCAAGGAUACACAUUGAAGGAGCCUAUCGGAGUAGUUGGCCUUAUAAUUCCAUGGAACUACCCGAUGCUCAUGUUUGCUUUAAAGGUUGCCCCAGCCCUGGCAGCAGGUUGCACAAUGAUAGUUAAGCCAGCUGAACAGACCCCACUCACAGCUCUCUACUGUGCUCACUUGGCUAAACAGGCAGGGAUUCCUGAUGGAGUUCUCAAUGUUGUGACUGGUUUUGGCCGUACAGUUGGUGCAGCAAUCAGUUCCCAUAUGGAUGUGGACAAAGUCAGUUUUACUGGAUCUACUGAAACAGGACGUGUUGUGAUGGAAGCAGCGGCAAGAAGCAAUUUGAAAUCGGUGUCUCUAGAAUUGGGCGGCAAGUCACCACUUCUGAUCUUCGACGAUGCAGAUAUAGACAUGGCGGUCGAACUAGCUCGUCAAGCAGUAUUCUUCAACCAGGGUGAAAUUUGCGUGGCCGGAUCGCGAGUCUUUGUUCAAGAAGGCAUCUAUGAUGAAUUUGUGAAAAAGAUAGCAUUGAGUUCGAAAGAGUGGAUUGUCGGAGACCCUUUCGAUCCUCGAGUCAAUCAAGGACCUCAGGUCGACAAGAGGCAAUUCGAUAAAAUUCUCAGCUACAUUGAUCAUGGAAAGAGAGAAGGAGCAACCUUAUUGACAGGAGGAAAGCCUUGCGGCGAGAAAGGAUACUACAUUGAACCUACAAUCUUCACAGAUGUUAAGGACGAUAUGCUGAUAGCGAAAGAUGAAAUCUUUGGACCUGUAAUGUCCCUCAUGAAGUUUAGUACGGUCGAGGAGGCAAUUCAGAGAGCCAACUAUACGAAGUAUGGGCUUGCGGCCGGGAUUGUGACAAAGGACUUAAACAUUGCAAACCGGGUUUCAAGAUCGAUUAGAGCAGGCAUCAUCUGGGUCAAUUGCUACUUUGCGUUUGAUAAUGAUUGCCCUUUUGGUGGAUAUAAGAUGAGUGGGUUUGGAAGGGACAGUGGACUGCAUGCUUUGGAGAAGUAUCUCAAAGUCAAGUCUGUAGUUACUCCAAUCUAUGGUUCUCCAUGGCUGUAGUAGUUCUAAGCUGCUGGAAACUAUUGAAUGACUGUAGUAGUUCUAAGCUGCUGGAAACUAUUGAAUAAAUACUGAACUAUUUUUUAUCU